CUUUCAGAGAAUUUAGGUUCUUCGUAGACAACAAGCAAAUAAUGGGUUUUUAAAUUAGCCGUUUUUGGGUCCUGCGGCCCGCGCUUCAAAAACAUAAACACAUCCGUUUCCUCUACAUACUUGUCCUCAAUAAAAAUUAAACAGCGCGAGAUAAGAGCGACACCGCAAACGCAAUUAUUCAAUCAACAACAAGUUAUCCACAAUAGGUACUUGUAAUUUAUAGAUCCAUUUGAAAUAGCCACUAUAUAGAAUAUAGCAGUUUUCAAGUGCUUCAAAACAAAGUUCCUGCCACAUCAAUCAUACACAUUAGAUUGGCUAGCUAUAAAAUAAGUAGAUAAUAGUUGAGUAAUCAUCAUUCUAGUCUGCCCACAACACAAUAGUUUACUUCACUAACUCUCCUACGAUGACAAGUGAAGAUCAAAGCUCCCUGAUCCAAGUGUCUCCAGUGCUUACUCCGGAGACGUUAAGCAAAGCCCUCACAAAGUGGUUUGAAGAACCAUGCACAUUCACUCACUGGCAGUAUGUAAGCGACACAGGGAAAGGCGAUUCGUACCUCAGCGACUUGAUGCGCAUUCGGAUAUACGGCAAUAACGAACAUGGCGUUUCUAAAAACGUCCAAGUUAUCCUAAAAACCAUGCCUAGCAGUGUAGCUAGACGACUCACAUUCAAGAGCCACGAAUUCUUCCAGAACGAAAUCAAUUUCUACGUCAAAGUCUUGCCUGCAUUAUUGGAGUUCCAAGCUAAGAAAAAACUCAGCGAUCCUUUCGAUAGCUACGUGAAACUGUUCUUCGCUCAUUGCGACGGCACAAACGACGUCAUAUGCUUGGAAGAUGCAUCGCUAGAGAACUUUGGAGGCGCUGUUCGCCAAGAGGGAAUAGAUCUAGCGCAUUGCCAACAAACUUUGAAAUCCUUGGCGCAGUUCCACGCUAUCUCUUUUGCGAUGAAGGACCAAAACCCUGAGGAAUUCGAGGACAUAAGACAUCACAUAUUCGAGGUGUACUACCACGAGCGUUUGCGAAAUUGGUACCGGCGUUUUUGGAAGCGGAUAUGUGGUAUAGCGAUCGAAGCGGUAGAGCGGGAAUAUCCGGAUUCUGUUUACGUGGAGAAGAUUAAACAGUUCUGUGUGCCAGAACGGUACGAUGACAUGAUAAAGGCGGCUACGCGAAGUGUCACUGGGGUCAUAUCCCACGGGGAUUCUUGGACCAACAACUUCCUGUUUAAAUACGAGAACGGGACUCCAGUUGAUGCCAAGAUCAUUGACUUUCAGUUGACACGGUGUGCGACACCAGUGUUGGACAUUGCGUUUAUGUUUUACGCGUGCACGAGUCAGGAUUUGAGGCUGAAACACUAUGAAGAACUGCUAAGGUUUUAUUAUGAUGUGCUCUCUAAACAAAUCGUGGAGAUGGGCAGUGAUCCCGAGAAGUUGUAUCCGUGGGGUUUAUUCAAGGAGGAAAUUAAGAAGUAUUCGUACUUUGGACUGGCGUUCAGCUUCGAGUCUACGCCGAUGAUCAUACUGACGCCCGAAGAUGCCAUCGAUAUGGAAGUUAAGGGUGUCAGCAAGUUGGACAUAGACGACGUGUGGUGCAUAGGCCCGAUCAAAGACAAGCGAGGCCGGCUGAGGGAGGCUGACAAUGUGGUCCACUGUGUGGACAACGGGUAUAUAUGACGGGUUAUAGAAAUAAUAGCAAAACGUACACGAGAAUUCCAUGUUAGUUAGGGUAAUACUCGGAAAAAAAUAGGUUAUAAUAAUAGGGUGAUUAUUUGUGGUAAAUUAAGUAAACUAUUUUAGCUAAUGCAAUAUAACUCUGAGGCUAAGUUCCACUAUCUUACUUUAACUUUGACAAACGUCAAAAAUCUGUCGAACUCCAUGCAAAAAGCACCGGUUACCGUUAUGGUUAGUUACGAUCAGUUAGGUGGUGCAACCUAUCCUUAGUAAAUAAUUAAAUAUACAUAAUGGUGAAGGGACCACGAUGUUUUGCUAUGCUACCAUAAAGCUAACUACAUAACUUCUUCCUUAGUAAAUAAGGAAGAGUUAGGCCCGGUUUCCACCAAAGCGGAACAGAAAGUGUGUUGAAUAACCAAUCAGAGAAUCAAUUUUCAGAUUUAAAAUAAUAAACCAAUCAGAUUUCAUUAUUUACACUUCUCAUCUCCGCUUCGCUCCGCCUUGAUGGAAUCCGGGCCUUAUGUAUUUUACUAUUAUGUAUUUGUUGUAUCUUUCUUUCCGUUAUGGAACCCUAGAAAUGUAUGCGGCGAACUACUUGCCCCGCCUUCUGUACACUAUUUUAGUAUAAUGCAAUAAAUAAAUUAAUAUACUUUAGGUAAAAUAGUAUUAAUAAGUGAUAUUAGUUAAAUAUUUAUUUAUACUCGAUAUUGCAUAUUCAAUGUUCAAGUGUGAUUUGUAUUGUACUUUACAUUAUUAUUAAAUUAUAAUAUAAAUGUACAUUAUUAUUAUU